CUUCACUUCUAUUUCACAAGCGAAACCUUUUUCUUGCUCUAUGAUUGUUGCAUAGCUCGUCGGAGGCGCGACCAACUUAGGAUAUUAGUAUUACUCCUUUCUCCAUAUAAUUGGCAGAGGAAUAUAGUUGUAUCUGUAACUAAUGGAGCUGAGGAAAUGCACCCGUGUACACUGUGUUCAGGCAAUUAAAAGGGGUUUGGUGGAGAAAAGCCUGAAUGUAGAUUCUAAUGGAAGACCAGCAUCUAGGUUCAAGGACAUUAAAGCUAUAUAUGAAUCUGAAGAUGCCAAAAGUAGAUGUAUGCACUCAACAGUUCAUGAACAUGAAGUUGGACAACUUGCUUGUGCAGUGGCAAAAAUUGAAGAGCCGUUUCUUCACCGGGUUGAAAGAAGACUCCAAAAUGUUUCUGGAAUUUGUGAACCAAAUGUAAAUUGUACUGUUAACAGCAUAAACAAUGACUGUGAUGACUUUAGCUUUGGUGAAAUGACAUUGAGACAGCUACUGAAGAAAUGCAAAACGAAGAAGCGGAAGCUUUCAAAAUAUAAGGGAUUGAUAGAACAUGAUACCGGUUCCUGCUUGCAUGUAAAACAAGAAUGUGGUGAUGUACAACAUGAGGAGGAAUUUGAUCUUGAGGCACCUCUUAGCAGAUGGAAACAGAAGUUUUCCAAAAAGUCAAAGGGUAAACAGAACUGCAUCAGCAAACAUGUGCCUUCAUCUUCCAAGUCUUCAAUUACAGUAGAAGGAACUCGGCAGACCGCAAGUGCAUCUCAAGCUUCAAUACAAAGUACUGGGGAUUCAGAUGGAACAGUCACUGUUAAAAUUGAAUAUCCUGAACCUGAUGUGUCAGAAUGCUAUAAUGCAGUCCCUGUAUCUGGUAGUUGUAUCUCAGAUCGCCCUGUACCAAUGGAUUUUAGUGGAGAUUUAGCUGAUGAAAUGACAGAGAGAAUAAAUGGACAUCAAUUGGACUCUGAGGAGUCAACUUUUCUAACUAAAGAAUCUUCAUGUUGUGUUGCUAAGGAAGAUUCAAUUGAUAAUUUGGUGCAUGAGGAGCCUAUUUCUCUUCCUGCAGAUAACUCAGUUGAGGAAACUAUGAAGUUGAGUGUUUCAGAAACGAAUAGUGAUAUGCUACUUAUUUCCCAUUUUUCUGAACUUAUGAAAGAAGAGACCAGCAGUCAACCUCACAACCAUGCAACACUGGAUUCUAAUGUAAAGUUAGAUGAAGUUACAGAAAGAGUUAAUGGAAGUGACUUGGAGACUGAGAAGCCACUUCUUACUAAGGAAAUUUCAAGUUGUGCUGUUAAUGAAGCUUCUAUUGAGUAUUUAGACCAUGGGGUCCCUACAUCACUUCCUGGAAGUUCCACAGUUGGGGAAACCAUAAGGCUAAGGAUUUCAGAAAUGACUAGUCAUGAGUCUCUUCUUUGUCCAUUACUUGAACUUAAGAAAGAAGACACCACUUGUCAACUCCCUAGUGACAGAUCUAUGGAAGCAAACUCUUUCUCCAAGGAUCCUGAAUCAGGAAGGAAUGGAAUCUGUGAAAGCCAUUCUUUUAUGGAGGAGAAUAUAUCAUAUGAAAUGGAUAGCAAUGUUGUGACCCAGAUGGAUGAUAAGGUGACUGAUGAUAGCCUUAUAUGCACAGAACCUUAUUAUGGUGAUCAUGGAUGUGUGCUGAAACAAAAAAAUGAGGCUGACAGACAGGAGGGUAUUGCUUCAGAUACAGAACACAGUGCUAUUAGUAUCUCUGAGAGUCUUUGCAUGUCAUCCCAGGACGCUUAUCCUUGUGAUUCCAGUUCCAUGGCUUGCAAUUCACCUACAACUGAAAAAAUUUGCACAUCUCUUAUGGUCGAGAGUCCAACAUCUCUUACUAUUGACAGAUUAGGAGACUGCUCUAUAGGAACUCAUCCUUCUGUUGCUACUAAUGAGCAUUCUAAUGUGGAGGCACUUGAGAAUCACCAUGCUGUGAAGCUAGGGCGAUCUCCAAAAAGGCUUUUUUCAACUAGACAGGUCAUUUCUCCUACUUCUCAGGAAAAGCUGCGCCAUGCUGUGGAUUCCAAUGAGUUACUGGAUGAUGUUGGGCUGCCAAAGUGUAGGGAGAAACUAUGCUCUGGGAAAUGGAUUAAGAAUAAGGCUUCAUUAGUAGGAUCAGGUCUUGAGGGAGCUGAAGUCACAGCUGUUCCUGUCCGAAUUGUUAAGAAACAGAAGAAUGACAUCAAUGGAUGUUCAGCAUCAAUUCCUAAAGGCAUUCUUAAGGCUCCUCAUGCUGAUAGUGUCUGCACGUCAGUUCAUGCUUGUGCACAGGAUGCCAUUCAAUUCUCACAGCGCCAGAUGCAUGAUAUAGAGUCUCUUGCAAUUCUGCUCACUAAAGAGUUGAAUUCCAUGAAGAAUAUUGUGGAAGAACGAUUGCAAUGUGAAGUAUUUUCAUCUUCAUAUUCAAAAUAUACUGUGGAUGAGGUAUGUAAGCAUGAAUAUCUGCAGAUGAGGACGGCUUUUGAAAGUGCUGUUAAAUCCGAAGAGACUGCUAGAAAAUGGCUCUCCAUGAUGUCAAGAGAUUGUAGUCGAUUCUGCAAAAUAAUGAGAUUGGCUGAGAAGAAGGCUGUUGCAUCUGGCCAUGGACUCCACAAGGAGAGGAAGAAGAUAAUCUUUGCAGAUGAAGCUGGUGGGAGAUUAUGCCAUAUCAAGGUUUUCAGAGAUGGAUCAACUUCUAUCUCAAGCUCAGAAUGUGAGAACGAGAAACUAAUGAACUAAUAGUUGCAUCUGCAUUUUGUACAUUACAUCACCCAACUAGAACAAGUUUUGAGAUACAUCCAGACUCCUGUGGCAAAGGCGCUGCAGAACUAGAUGGGAACCUGAGGAGACCAUGGCUUUAGGUCUUGGGGUGGUUGUUCAGACAUUCUUUUUCCCUUGUGCAUCCUUGAUCCUAAAUGGAAUUAUGCUUUUAAGUUAUAAUCUGCAUUGAGAGUUGAUGAGGAAUCCAAUUAUAAAUAAAACUUUGGUUGUAAUGUUG